CGAUAUUUAUUUAUUCAACUUUAUCUGUUUAUCCGUGGGUAGACUAUAAAUAUGUGGGAGAGAAAAAAGCGCUACAUGUACGUGCAGGUACCCAUAUUCGCCUCAACAUCCGAAGGCCUUUACAAGAAAACUUGCACCGCAUAUAUACAAUUCAAGGGCAAGACUGCCACGCGCGAAAUUCGAAUCCCCGAAGAUCACAGUCAACCUGUUCAAUGUAUCUAUGUGAAAGACGUUAAUUGUGCAAUACAAUUGACCAAAAAGACUGCUAAGGAUCUCGAGAAGUAUCCUGAGGCGGUGAUAGAUUCAGAAAUUUUUCUUAGACUGUGGCGUUUACACAGGGGAAAAGAGAACGACUAUGGAAUUCAGCUAUACAACAACGGUACAAGCGCUAUGCGUGGCGACGCUGUGAAGUUGCGCCAGACUAUGAGUCACAGCAUAAGGAUGGAUACCACCCCGGAAGGUUCCAUUGCAGACAUCAAUGGAAAGCCAGCACGCACAAUUUCACUUCAAUUACUAACAUACGGUCGGAACAGAUUAGGCGUCAGGGGUAGCAGUUCUGCAGAUAUAUCAAGUCAAUCGGGGGGAUCUAGUCUUAUGUCUUCCUGUACAUCUAGUACAACAGGAACAUUAGACUCGAGCACAAACAUGUCGCAGAAUCAUAUGACCAUAAAUACACCUGAGAGAUCGGGGACACCCUUGCUAGGUCAGCAGAUCUCACGACAAUCACAACAAUCACAAUUGUAUGCUGAUGAGCACGAGCAAUAUGUUUUCAACUUGUUACAGAGUAUUAAAAAACCGCACACGAUUGAGAAGCAAAGUGGGCUAGACUUCCGGGAUACUAUUCCACCGCCAUCGAGGUUGCCGCCGUCGAUAAGUGGUCUUCUGAAGUCAAAAUGAGCAGUGCCAUGAGAGACAUUGCGCACGUGACCAGGUACGGGGAGGAGAGUUAGUAGGUUGGGGGAAAGGUGUGUGGGAGGAUUGCGAAACCUCUUCAUAUUCAUAUUGGUCAACCGCGAAUAGGAUUUAGUAACGGCACUGCUAAACGAAUGUAUGCACUAUGUGGCUGUUAGGCAGAACUGCAUUAUUUCGGGUUAGUUCAGCUAGUGAAUACACCAGUGAGUUUAGGGAGCGAGAUUGAUCGGAAGCAGAUGACUGCGCUUUUUGGAUUGGUACUUGCAGCAAAAUGAGACCAAUCAGUAAAUCAUUUGCGUUUGGUGGUAGGCUAUUUAAAAAGCUUGUAUAUCAUGAUUUCAAAGGCAGUCUACGGGGUACGGUAGGCUGGGUCGAUCUCAAAUCGGAAUAGUACUGUACGUCGAUAUAUUCAUAAGAGAGCAUUUUCAUACGAAUCUAUAUAAGUGGAGCUGAUGAAGGGCUGUAUCUAAAUAACGGAAAGAAGUCGCUGGUGCAUUAUACAUUCUGUAAAACUAGCCUGAUUACGUAUAAAUUUUAAUAUAAACUAUGGAGUAGAGACCCAUGGAAAGUGAGCCAGCUUGUUUGCCACGAAAGAUCAGUACAUAAAAUGCCAGAUACACGAACUAACGACAGAGGUAGCGGAUAUACCAGUACAUAAUUUGUUGAUUGGUGA